AUGGAAGGCGUUCAACUACGAGAUGAGGCCGCGCAGGAUCGCGUGCGUGCUGCUAUCGAAUUUCUCGACCCGAGUGAUGCACGGGCGCGCAGCUACCGAGCGGACAUUGUGGUUAUGCUUAACCGGGGCUUGCGACGAUUGACAGUUAGCAUUGACGAAAUUCGAGCUCACAAUCGGGAACUUGCUGAGGGUCUUCUCACCUCCCCAUUCGAUUACUCGGAAGCUUUCGAUCGGGCUUUGAAAGAGGUCGUUAAGACUUUGCCCGGCCGACCUUCCAAGGAGACCUCAGAUGAAGUGACCUACUACUGCGCCUAUGUCGGAGCAUUUGGCGAAUUUUCUUGCAACCCACGCACGCUGGGAUCCCAGCAUCUCAACCGCAUGGUAUCCCUCGAGGGUAUUGUUACAAAGUGUUCAUUGGUCCGACCUAAGAUUAUCCAGAGUGUUCACUACAGCGAGAAGAAGGAUCGUUUCUUGUCUAGAAAGUAUCGGGAUCAGACUAUGACAGCGAGCGGUGCCACAAGUUUGAAUGUGUACCCUCAGGAAGAUGAUGAGAAGAACCCACUUAUCACCGAGUACGGUUACUCUACCUACAUGGAUCACCAGUCGAUUUCCAUCCAAGAAAUGCCUGAGAGAGCCCCCGCAGGACAGCUCCCCCGAAGUGUCGAUGUUAUUCUGGAUGAUGACCUUGUCGACAGGGCCAAGCCUGGUGACAGAAUCCAGUUGGUCGGAACUUAUAGAACCCUUGGUAACCGCAAUGCUGGUUCUGGAUCCUCGACUUUCCGUACAGUUGUGAUGGCCAACAACAUUAUUCAACUUUCCUCGAAAUCUGGUGGUGGUAUUGCGCAGGCCACCAUCACGGAUACUGAUAUCCGAAACAUUAACAAAAUCGCCAAGAAGAAGAAUGUCUUUGAGCUUCUGUCACACUCGCUAGCACCCAGUAUCCAUGGCCACGAUUACAUUAAGAAGGCUAUUCUGCUGAUGCUUCUCGGUGGUAUGGAGAAAAACUUGGACAACGGUACUCACUUGCGUGGUGACAUCAACAUUCUGAUGGUUGGUGAUCCCUCUACCGCAAAGUCCCAGCUUCUGCGCUUCGUUUUGAACACUGCCCCGCUGGCCAUUGCCACUACUGGUCGUGGUUCAUCCGGUGUUGGUUUGACUGCAGCUGUCACCUCUGACAAGGAGACUGGCGAACGUCGAUUGGAGGCCGGUGCCAUGGUUCUUGGUGAUCGUGGUGUGGUUUGUAUCGAUGAGUUUGACAAGAUGAGUGAUGUGGAUCGUGUUGCCAUUCACGAAGUCAUGGAGCAGCAGACUGUUACCAUCGCCAAGGCCGGUAUUCACACAAGUCUGAAUGCCCGAUGCAGUGUCUUGGCUGCGGCGAACCCGGUCUUUGGACAGUAUGAUCCUCACAAGGAUCCUCACAAGAACAUCGCUCUGCCAGAUUCCCUCCUCUCCCGUUUCGAUUUGCUGUUCGUCGUGACAGACGAUAUCGAGGAUGCUAAGGACCGUACUAUCUCUGAGCACGUCCUCCGCAUGCACAGAUACCGUCAGCCUGGAACAGAGGAGGGUGCCCCUGUUCGCGAACAACUCAACCAGACCCUGGGUGUUGGCAUUGAGGACCGCCAAGAUGCUAACCAACCCACCGAGGUCUUUGAAAAGUUCAACGUCAUGCUUCACGGCGGCAUGAUCCCCAAUGGCCGCAACCGCAACAAGAAUGUGGAAAUUAUUAGCAUUCCAUUCAUCAAGAAGUACAUUCAGUACGCCAAGUCCCGAGUCAAGCCCGUCUUGACCAAGGGUGCUGCCGAUCACAUCAUCGCCGCAUACUCUGCUCUCCGAAACGAAGACAUCUCCAACAACCAGCGCCGUACCUCUCCCAUUACUCCCCGUACCCUUGAGACAUUGAUUCGUCUAGCUACCGCCCAUGCCAAGGCCCGUCUGUCAAACCGUGUCGAUGAGAAGGAUGCUAAGCAUGCCGAGGCUAUCCUCCGAUUUGCCAUGUUCAAGGAAAUGCAGGAAGAUGGCCGCCGCAAGCGUCGCAAGGUCCAGACCUUCGACGACGAUUCAGAUGAUGACAGUGACUCUGAUAAUGAAGAUAAUGAUGACACAACUUUCCGAGGCCAGCCUUCAACUACCCCAGCACGUACUACGCGCUCCCGUGGUGGCGCCAGCACCACCGUCGAUGAGGACCAGAGUCUCUACUCAGCAAGCCCGCGUGCUUCACGUACUCGCACAAGCCAAACCACGCGCACUCAGCAGUCCGAAUCCCAGAUGUCUAUGGCAUCUUCUCAGCCGGCUUCGCAGCUUGUGCAGUCGGAGACCGACAACUCACAGUCCACCGCUUCGGCGAUCAACCCUAUCACAACCGAGCGCUACGGCGUCUUCCGACAGGUGUUGGGUUCUCUCAUGGGCAACCGUGUUUUCGGUAGUGGCGACGAAGCCUCUGUCACCGAACUGAUCAAGGAAGUCAACGAUGCUAUCCAGGCCUCCCCCAGCCAUGGUAAGAUGAACGACGACAAUCUACUGAUGUACCUUGAGGAUGAUGACCAUGUCUACCGUAUCUAA